AUGAGAAGAGAGCUAAAAUACCUUAUCUGCUUCAACAUACUUCUGUUAUUGUCCAUAAUACACUACACGUUUGAUUUGCUGACGUUAUGUAUCGAUGACACUUUUAAAGAUGCCAUACUUGAGGAAGACUUAAAUCCACCACCUGGUGCAUCUCCAAUGCCUCAACUAAUACCAAAGAUUAUACAUCAAACUUACAAAACUGAAGAUAUUCCAGAACACUGGAAAGAAGGUAGACAGAAAUGUCUCGAUUUGCACCCAGACUACAAGUACAUUCUAUGGACAGAUGAGAUGGCUCAUGAGUUCAUCAAGGAAAAAUACCCUUGGUUCUUAGAUACUUUUGAAAAUUACAAAUACCCUAUCGAGCGUGCCGAUGCCAUUCGUUACUUUAUCCUAUCACAUUAUGGUGGUGUAUACAUCGAUUUGGAUGACGGUUGUGAAAGGAAACUAGACCCUCUGUUAGCUUUCCCGGCCUUCCUAAGAAAAACUUCGCCUCUGGGUGUGUCAAACGACGUGAUGGGUUCUGUACCUAGACAUCCCUUCUUCUUGAAGGCUUUGAAGUCUUUGAAGCACUACGACAAGUACUGGUUCAUCCCCUACAUGACCAUUAUGGGUUCCACUGGUCCUUUGUUUUUAAGUGUCAUAUGGAAGCAAUACAAGAGAUGGGGUAUACCUAAGAACGGAACGGUAAGAAUUCUACAACCUGCUUACUACAAGAUGCAUGAUUAUUCAUUUUUCUCUAUCUCUAAAGGUUCUUCGUGGCACUUGGAUGAUGCAAAAUUAAUGAAAGCGUUAGAAAACCACAUCUUGUCAUGUGUUGUUACUGGAUUCAUCUUUGGAUUUUUCAUUCUUUAUGGUGAGUUUACGUUCUAUUGUUGGUUAUGCUCCAAAAAUUUCGGUAAUCUAACCAAAAAUUGGAAACUCAAUUCUCUAAAAGCUAAGAUCGUUACCAUCCUAAAUUCGUUAGGCCUAAAGAUUAAGUUAAACAAAAGCAAUAAUGAUACUGUUAACGCCACUUUGUUAGCAAGGCAGCAGAAACGACUAAGAAAGGACUCCAAUACAAACAUAGUGUUACUAAAAUCUUCAAGGAAAGAUGAAGUUUACGAUCUAGAGAAAAACGAUUCUUUUAAGUACUCGCUAGGAAAUAACAGCUCGUGA